AUGACUUUCUCUUACACCACCUGUGUUGACUCUAAAUUCCACCUUAUAAAAACAUGGGCAGGAGUGGACACUGGGGACUCAACAAGAGCCAAAGCGCGACCAGCACUAAGACUUAAGCGGCCAAAGGAGGAAGAGGAGGCGCCGACUGCGGAAAAAGGGAGGGAGGCUUCGGCCCAGCGCUCUCAGGCUAGAGAACCAGCGCGCUGCCGCUGCCCCUGUAAAGCGCGCACCGAUUGGCUCUUUGAACCAGGCCCCGGAUUGGUCGGUGCCUGCCCGCCGUCGCCUCGUGCUGUGCUGCGUAGGCUGGGAGCUAGGUCCGCAGCCUCCGCCCGGAUCUUCCGGCUUUCCCGGAUUUUCAAAGGCCCAAAGUGGCCGCUGCCCUCUCAGUUUCCUGCUCUGGGGGCUCUUCUCCAAGAACUCGCCCACGCAAACUCUCAGCAGCCUCUGAAAAGGAGACUGAGGUGCAAUAAAAGGAAGUGGUUUUCAAAGGACACAUCGGUUAUGAGAGUGUGGAAACAGGUGGAAGAAGAUAGUCCAGGGCAGAGAGAUGAUGACAAGGCCAAAGAAGGACUGGGAGUCAGCCUGCUGGAAGUUCAUGAUCAAGGCCUCAGAGGCUGAGUCAGAGGUUGCCCCUGGAGCCUGUACAGUAUGUGGACAUCAGCUAGAGGAAUGCUGCCAUGUACUUCUCUAGAAUCGUGGCAUUUGGAAACCAUCAGAGAACACUGGUUUGGGUAGUUUUCAGACUGAAUCCUUUGGGAAGGUCCCUGCAUAGCAAAGAUGAGGGCGAAUGGACUCCCAGCCCUUCCAAAAUGCCCUCCUCCCCUGCCAAGGUGUUUUCUUCUGCAGGAUGCCAGAUGAGAGGGCUGAUGGAGGCUGGAAUCCAGUCCCCACUCUGCUACCCAAGCUCUGUGCCUGUGGAGUGCCCCAGCAGAGAGGGCAACUUUUCCUGAUGUGCACAAAGUACAGAAUGGGAGAGUGGUAGCUUUGCCCCCUUCCUGCUCCCAACCACACAAACACAAAUAUAUACACACAUAUAGCCACACAGACAUACCCGCAGACUUACACAUACAUGCGUGUACAGAUUUAUACAAACCCACAGGCAGACAUAUGUAUGUGUUACAUGAAGAACACACAGACACAUACGUAUACACAUGAAUACAUCAUAUAUACCGCACACUUAUAGACACACAUAAAUGCAAAUUAGACCACAAUAUAAUGCCUAGAAAUGUAGACACAGUUAUACAGACACAGAUAUAGUCAAGCUGAUAUAGACCCACAGACAUACAUACCACACAAAUACACAUACAUACACCCACAGCCUCAUAGCCAGAUAUACACCACACACAUAUAAACAAACACGUUUAUGCAUAGACGGACACAACACACAAGCAAACAGAGCAUACAGAUACACAGACACACACAGAUGUGGAUACAUACACAGGUGGGCACACAUACAUGGAUCUUUAACCAGAACAACUCUGCUGUAUCAAUUUUACAUGAUAAAGUC